UGAGUUUCUCAGUACAUAAUACCUUGGCGUUGCUUACUCUCUUAGACAACAUAAAUUAAGAAGUCUUGGUCUCUCUGGAACUGGAUUCAACUCCGCGUUAUUAUUUUCUUUCACAUUUCACUCCACACUCAUUUACAUCCAUCACAUGGUACCUGUUGUUUCUUUGUUUACAUCAUUAACCCAAUCAUAAGCUUUCUUCAACUUCAUCUGGGUCUAACUCAUGUACUGUUUUCUUGGCUCCAGAAAUUUAUUAUAUUCACUUCUUUACCAAAAGAAUAAAAGAUCAAGAACUCACUUUGAUCAACCCUGAUAUUGUCUAUAGCCAGGGAUGGAAACAAAAGUCGAAUCUAUUCCUCCUUCUGAUAAGCAAAUGAUAGACUCUGGGGAAGGCCUUAUAUGUUCAAAUUGUUGUUGUUCCCUUGAUUGCGCAGAUGUGCUUCAGGAAUGGACUAAUUUGCCACCUGGUGUAAAAUUUGAUCCGACAGAUGCUGAGCUGCUGGAUCAUCUAGCAGCUAAAUGCAGAGUAGGGAAUCAACGAUCGAAUAUGUAUCUUGAUAAGUUCAUCAUCACACUUCAGGAGGAAGGUGGAAUUUGCUACACGCAUCCUGAAAAUCUACCAGGUAUUAAGAAAGACGGAAGCAAUGCACAUUACUUCCAUAAAUCUAUGAAUGCAUAUGCCUCUGGCAAAAGGAAACGUCGUAAAAUUCAAAGUGAAGAUUCUGUUAGAUGGCACAAAACAGGUAAAACCAAACCUGUGAUGGAGAAUGGUGUAACGAAGGGUCAUAGGAAGAUCUUGGUUCUUUAUACUACUGCUCCAAACAAUCGCAAGGCUGUCAAAUCUAACUGGGUGAUGCAUCAGUAUCAUCUCGGAACUGAGGAUGAUGAAAAUGAAGGUGAAUUUGUGGUUUCAAAAGUGUUUUAUCAACAGAAGAAUGUGAAGGUGGUUGAUAAUCUUAUAGCCAAAGAGGAAUCGGUUCAUCCAGAUAUAUAUAUUUCAAGUCCACGCAAGCAAGAAGAGAAUACUAAAAAUGAUUGGACGAUAGAUAUUGUAAAGACACCAGCACAGGAAGUAGAAGCCAUUAAGACGAUACCUCAUACUUCUCCAUCUAGAUCUCAAUCCAUAACUGAGACAGAGUUCCCCUCUUGGUCAGCUGGAGAAAUUUGUAAGCCUUCACUUUGCAAAGAGGACAUGCUAGGUGGAAUUGCAGGAAUGACUGAAGAAGUGUAUAUUCGGGUGGAUAGUCCGAUGUAUCCUGAUUUUUUUGAGGAAUUGCAGCAAUAUUUAGAUGGUCGAGGAAAUAGGAAAGAUGAAGUGUUGAUAGAGUGCAAUGAUGUCACUUCACAUAGCCGUGAAUGAAUUGUAGGAUGUUGGAGCUGUCCUGAAAGCAACAUGUUCUUGAAUAAUUUUACAAGGCUUUGCUUCAACAAUACUAUGAAGUCUCGGCACAGGCAGAAUAUGAAGGAUUGAUGACCGACUUUGUAAUGUUAACUUGAUCAUUGUUUCAUUAUCGGGGAUUAAAAGUAGUUUGCCAUGCACUUGUAUAUGUUGUUCAUGGUAGUUGCUUCUAACCCGACACUGUAGAGUCAUUCGGUGUGACUGUGUAUCUUUCUGAUUGGGAGCCUGUUCCCCGGCUGACUGACAAAUAUUUUAAACUAUGAACUUAUAAGACUCACCUUAAACUGUAUUGUUUGUAUGAUUGUAUAGAAAAUAAUUUGUUAA